CUUAGAGCUAGGUACUAGGUCCCGAAUAGGAUGCGGAGUUCUUCUAAUCAGGGGUUCAACAGGGGGUUACUAUGCAGCGAACUAGAGCGGUCUCGAUGCAUACUAAAAGCAAGUAAUCUUAAGGAGCUAGGGCAUUUCAGCCGGAGUCUUUGCUCCAAUAGUUAUGCGGAGAUCGGCUCUUUUGUUCGUUAUCUCCCCUAAAUUCUAUAGGGGUAGGCUGCUGUUAUCUACCCUUCUACAGUACCUAGGUAUGUUAUACCUCCCACUGGCAUGACGCGGGUUAUAUUAUAGGUAUGUCAGUAAAAACAAGGUCAGUGAUGAUUGCUAUCAUCUUCAAAAUUCUUCCUUCUUACCCCUUCGUAUUUAUUUCUUAAUUGUUACAACUUCGAAGAACUUGUACCCACGCUACCCACGAUGAAAAUGUGACAAUAGCGAUGACAACAAACAGCUACAUAUGUAGUCCCAAAUCCCAAAUUCUAAGUCCAGGCAGUCGAAACAGUAACUGCAGCCAGGUACUAUUAAUCUACAAUCUACAUAUAUACCUAGGGUAUAUAUGUACUUGCGUCUCUGCGAUAACGAAGUUUGCGGGCGGUCAUUGGCAUGAAUCCCUUACAAGGAAAUACCCCUCCAAUCCAAGUCAUUCGUUGCCUCUAAACAUUUCAUCAUAAAUGAGUUUCGUGUUGGAUUCUUACACUCGUUCAUAAUAUUUAUUUUCGAAACGCCUGUAAUCAUUUCUAAAGUCAUGUUCCGGUCGUUCGCCCCUUACGGGCGUGUCCGGACAUUCCAAAUCCUCGCCUCAUUUCUUGUCUUUUGUAUCUUAUUAUCGACGCUCAGGUUGUACAAGCGGCAACCCCCGCCUCCGAGCAUUUAUGAAUACACUGAUGGGAAAACGAGGGGUGGCCGGCAGAAUGAAACUGGAAUCACUCGGCCAUUAUCUGAAGAAAGCAUCUAUCUAAGACAGCUGGUACAGCAAUAUGGACUCACCAACGAUGUCCCAUGGUUCGCGAGGCGGAUACGACCGGAUUUUGAUUCCAAAGCUAGAAAAAGCAGCAUGACGGAAAUCCCGACUGUUAAAUUUAUGCCCCGAGAUUUCCAAAGAGUCCGCUCCGACGAUGAACAUCUCGAUUUACACGCAGAAGGGCCUGUAACCACCCCAGUGACCAAAUCAGCUACGCCAGAUCAAUUAGACGCCUCGUCAUUACUAUUUGGCAUUUCAACCUCGUACGAUCGCUUACUCUACGGAAAUUCGUCUCUAAUCCACGACUGGGCACGGUGGCUCACCGAUGGAAAGGGGAACUCAAAUGGAGCCAGCCUAAUCCUUACGUUGCAUAGCGCCCUCAGCUCAGAGAUGAGCCAUAUCGAGACUAAAUUGCAUGACUUAGGCAUUAAGGUCGCGAUAUUUCCAGCGGAGGACAGCACGGCACGAUAUCUGGACCUAGUGCGCUUACUUGUGAACCGCAAAGACGAGUUACUAAAAGAAGGGGAAGAGAAGAAAUUCCUAGCUCUAGUGGAUGACGACGUAUUCUUUUCUUCUCUAGGGAAGCUAUUGACUCGUCUAGGAAAAUUCAAUACUAAAAAGAAAGCCUAUCUAGGUGUGCCUAGCGAGCGCUCAGAUUGGAUAAUUGGGAAUAAUGUUACACUGACCUACGGUGGUGGUGCCGUAUUCUUAACACCCCCAAUGGCGGACAGUGUUUCGCAAUUGCGGUGUCUAAACGCUACGGCGCGAGACACCAAGCACCAAGCAGAGAAAAUAGGCCAAUGGGAUGAAGCGCUAUAUACCUGCAUCACCGAGAAUACCUCUGAGAAACUUCACAUUCUUCCCAGCCUCUACGUUCCCGGAGACGACCUCUACGGUCUCCGCACGGGCUACGAAGGGGGCGUUCAACCCCUCUCCCUGCACCACUACAAGCACCGACACCGCUUCGAACCUAACAAAGCGCAUCUCAUAACCUCGCUCUGCGGCGAGGAUUGCUUUCUACAGCGCUUUUUCUUCCGGGAGGACGGAUGGAUCCUAGUAAACGGACACACAAUCUCGCAGUACCCAGACGGCGUAGACGUGUUGCCCGUGACUAAAAGCUCGCAGCAGCUGGAUAGUAGCGAUUCCAAAGACAAAAAAGUGAAGACGGGCGACCGUCUGGUUUUCGACCGAGAAGAUGACUCUGAAAAAUGGUUACGCGAUCGCAAAGUUGUCUCGUGGGCUGGAACGAAGCGUACAUGGCGAUUACUCGACGCACGCCUGGGAUCUGAUGGUAAUUCCGUCUGGCAAGCUUACGUCAAGCGAAAGGGAUCACCCGUCACGUACGGAGAUGAGGAUGAUCGAUUGCCUGAAGACGAUACGAUACAUACGCAAGAUGGGCCAUCGGAUGUAGACUCGGUUAUUGUAUUAGUCUGGCAAGCAUGAAAUCAUGUUGGAAGAAUAUAAGGUAUCAAUAAGUAAUGACUGGUGAGAUGUUGUAAAAAUAUUAAUGCAUAUAUUUAGUUUGAGCGUAGAUAAAAUCCGAGUACACAUAAGGAUAUAACCAAUACGCAUAACUCCUAAGCUUUUUCUUUAGGUAUAUAAGAGACUGUCAUGUAUUGUUCAAGUGUUAUUUAUGCUCUAAAAUUGCUAUUGUAGAAUCUAUCGAUAUGUGUAACCAAAUCCAGAUUCUAGUUCGUAUUUAGACGCUGAUUUACGUCUCGCUAAUUCCCCAUCAUCUCUGCGAAGUCACAUAUAUCCCAUGACCAAAAUCUAAGAUAUGCCAUAAUCUACCAUU